CUGUCCCUGAAAUCGGAACCGUAUUUCGAGGUUCAGUUCUUGCUGGAUUAUGAGAUCCCCCUUUUUUUUGGGUGUCAAAUCUUGUUUACACCGAAAAGAAGGGAGACAACGUUAUCUUACGCAAAUUAAGAGUUGAAGCUGUGGUGUUAAUUGGUUGAAGAUUAGUGUCUGCAGGUGGAUAUUUUAAGCUAUGUCCGCCCUGAAUAAGGCCUUUUUAGUGUGGUCCUGGCAAAUACAUUUCGGGUUGCCCUGUUAGCGGCUGCUAACACUGGUCGGAGUGUCGGCAUUCAAUUUUUAUAUCGGAUAGGGUUAUCUUGAUGUCAAUAUCGUGCGGAAACACUCAAAUCACUGUGGACUUGUUCAGCUCAAAUGGUUCCCCUUCAAGAAGAGAGAAACAGAAAUGUCCAACUUAUUCCUCCUCUAAUGGCAUGAAAAUAGAAAAGCGGCCAGCAGGAGAAGAAAUCAUUGCCCAAUCAAAAAGGAGCACCUCUCUGCCCAAUUCAGGCUCUAAGAAAGCGAAGAAGAGCCUAAAGAGAAUGAAAGUUGAAGUAGCAGAGAAGAAAGGGGAGACAAGGUUGAUGAUGGAGUUGCUAAAGGAAGAAGCAAAAGCAAAGGGGAUUUCAGUUGAAAAGAUUCAGACUGAUAUUGAGAGAAUGAAGAGAGAAAAUGUGCUAAAUCUCGAGAAGGAUGAAUGCACCCGACUAUUUAUUAAUCAUAUGCUGGUUAUCUUUGUAGCCGAGGACAACGUCCUCAUGCUUGAUUAAUUAUCGACUUCAACUAUUGGACGAAUAAAAGUUCGUGUUUAUCAAGCAGUAUACAAAAAAACACCAUGUGCUGCUUGAUAAGGAUCUAUGAAAACUUUCGACUUUGUUUCUCUUGAAGACCGUGU